AUGGAUGCUUAUUCCGUCUCGUUUACUGGCUCUUCACGGAAUAAUUCCUCUCGCCGUAUUUACCAAGACCUUAAGACGGUACAUUGGCUUAGCAUGGGCGUGGGCGAACUGGAUCCUAACCAGAUCGCACGUUCACUGGGAGUUAUGGAUGAGACACUUGAGCCACAGGCCACGGAGUGGAAGCCAGGACAUAUUGGAGUCAUUGGGGCUGGAGUUACAGGCCUGCGUUGCGCGGACAUCCUUCUCCACUACGGCUUCGACGUCACCAUCUUGGAAGGCAGGAAUCGAGUGGGCGGCCGGUUGCACCAGGAGGCGUUGCCAAAUGGCCAUCUCGUGGAUACUGGUCCCAACUGGAUCCAUGGGACGACUAGUAACACGAUCAUGGACCUUGCCAGGCUGACAAACACCCCGACUACCACGUGGGAGGAUGCCCAAUCGUGUGUCUUCGACGAGCAUGGCCACCUCCUCCCGCCGAAGGACGGCGAGCGGUGCUCCCAGGUCAUGUGGGACAUUGUGCAGGCCGCUUUCAAGCACUCGGAGAAGUACUCGGCUGAUAUCAGCCCGGACGAGAGCUUGCUCGACUUCUUUCAGUCCCUGGUGGUGGAAUUCAUCCCCGAAACCGAGGAUAACCAUGAACGGAAGAGGGACCUUGUCUUGCAGAUGGCGGAAUCCUGGGGGGCGUUCGUCGGUAGCCCCGUAACUCGGCAGAGUCUCAAGUAUUUCUGGCUGGAGGAAUGUAUAGAGGGCGAGAACCUGUUCUGCGCCGGCACAUAUCAGAAGAUCUUGGAAGAGAUUGCGCGGCCGGCCAUCAAGGGCGCUACCAUACACUUUGAGACCAUCGUCUCUAAGAUUAACGGGAAAUCAGUCAAUGGCGGCUGCAAGGUCGGAGUCGAGACAGCAGCUGGGAGACACUUUGAGUUUGAUGAAGUCGUGCUUACGACUCCGCUUGGGUGGCUGAAGCAACAUCUGGAUGCUUUUAGCCCGCCUCUGCCGAGCAGACUCGUCGACGCGAUCGGCAACAUCAGCUAUGGAUGCCUCGAGAAGGUCUACAUCUCGUUCCCAGAAGCGUUCUGGCUCAGGCCAGAUGCUGACGGGCGAACAGUCCAAGGCUUCUGCCAGUGGCUCUCACCCAACUAUGCCAUGGACUCGAAUCCCGAACGCUGGACCCACGAGAUAGUGGAGCUGGCGUCGCUGACGCCAUCCACGUCCCACCCGACGCUCCUCUUCUACACCUACGGGGUCCAGUCGCAGCACAUCACCUCGACGGUCCGCUCGCUGGCGACAAAGGAGAAGAGGGACGACUUCCUCUACUCCUUCUUCCGGCCCUACUACUCCCGCCUCCCGCACUUCUCGGAGGGCGACCCCCGAUGCCGGCCGACGGGCUGCCUCGCGACGGACUGGCUGCACGACGACCUCGCGGGCAACGGCAGCUACGGCAACUUCCAGGUCGGCCUGCGGGAGGGCGACGGCGACAUCCGCGCCAUGCGCGAGGGGGUGCCGGCCGAGGGCGUCUGGCUGGCCGGCGAGCACACGGCACCCUUUGUGGCGCUCGGGACCGUGACGGGGGCCUACUGGAGCGGCGAGUCGGUCGGCCGGAGGAUAGCGGGGGUGCAUGGGAGAGGCGGGGACAAGGCGUUGUUCAUUUAGUUAUUUAAGGUAGGUGUUGUUGGCUUUUCCCAGCAGUCACUUUGAGAUUAUCCAGAGGCAUAGAUGAGCGUCUGAAUGCAACUUACUAGCAUGAUACUUCUGUACUAUUAUUACCUUCCUAGUAGAAGCUCUUGUCUGAAAAGAGGCGUCUGGGUACCUAGGUACGAAGGUACGUGUGUAUGGUCCAG